AGGUGGCGCCUAUGAAUGAAAUCAGAUUGGCUUUAGGUUUGGCAGUUCUGCGAGGUUCAGUGUACGCCAUGGGCGGUCGAGAUGAUGAUCAGAUUCACAGAACGGCGGAAAGAUACGACUGCAAGGCGAACCAGUGGUCGUGGAUCGCUCCCAUGAACACAAAACGAUACGGUGGAGGUGCGGCUGUACUGAAUGACAAAAUAUACGUCGCUGGUGGAAGUAAUAUUGAGAAUUUUCUAAACUCGGUGGAAGUUUAUGACCCAGACACCGACCAAUGGACGUUCGUUGCACCAAUGCUUUCUGGACGUGACUAUUUUUCUUUCGUCGAGUUCCACGGCUGUCUGUACGCCCUAGGAGGAGGCCUUCUCAGUAGCGAACAGUACGAUCCUGCAGAAGACACGUGGAUCGAAAUCCCUGACAUGGACAGCUAUUCAAGUUGCGCAGAAGUGAUGGACGAUAUGAUCUUCGUCAUCUAUGAUUAUUUUAACCAGAACGACUUCUACCCCCACGUCAUAUGUUUCAAUGGCAAGGAAAAUCGAUG